AUGUCGAGCUUCGUCCGCAAGACAGAAUCCAAAUCACAAUAUCUCAAUAUCAGGGUGGCUUCUGUCCAGUCGAAAAUUCAGUCUGAGCACCUUGACUCUCCGAACACAUUCGAUGAAGACCAUGUCGAGCAAGCAAUCAAGCCGAGCGACACAGCUGCUGAUGCCGCCGCCAAGGAUCAAGCAGCCUCGGUUUAUGAGAACACGUCUCUAUGGCAGACAGUUAAGCUGUGCGAGGUCGCCAUUAUCACCUGCUUUGCGGCCGCUUUUAGUGCUGCUACUGAUGGGUAUCAGAUUGGUAUGAAUGGGAACAUCAUCGCCAACCAAGGCUUUGUGAAGCAAUUCGCGACGGACGUCAAUGCCAAAAGCACCCCUUACCUUGGGGCCCCGGUCUUGGCAGGUUGGAGCUCCAUCAUGUCAGUCGGCCAAAUUAUAGGCAUGGUCACGAUUCCUUUCAUCUCCAGCAGGUUUGGUCGAAAAAUCGCCAUGUUUACCUACUGGCUUAUUUCGACGUCCAGUGUUCUGGCAGAAAGCCUGGCGAGAUCAAGGCCAGUCUGGCUCAUCGCUAAACUUUUGGCCGGAACCGGUGUUGGCUGUCUUCAGUCAACCUUGCCUGUCUACAUAUCUCCAUGGUGGAGUAUCGGGUCUUUCUUCGCCUAUAUUGUCCUCAACAUAAUGGCCAAAGAAAGGCCCCUGACUCGGCUGGCACCAGUCUAUACUCAGUGGGUUCAGAUUGGCAUCAUGAUCAUUAUCUAUGUGUUUCUCCCAGAGUCCCCUGCCUGGUGUGCCACGCGCGGUGACGGCGAACGGGUAAAGAAAGAAUUGCUGAAAUUGAAUCGGGGUGUGAAGGACUACAACCUGGAACAACAAUACGAGUUGCUCAUCCUGACAGUCGAGCAUGAAAAGCAAGGGGCCGUAGAAUAG